AUGGAAGGUAGAGCGCCACGACUUGGUCACAAGAAGUCCAGGAAAGGUUGCGCACAGUGUAAGCGACGGCAUGUCAAGUGCGACGAAGAAGCACCUUGCUCGAAUUGCGUUCGGCAUGGUGUCCCAUGCUCACUUGCUGGUGGGCCAUAUGUACCUCGCGAGGACACGAGGCAACGGCGAGCUUCUGCAACAUCGUCCUCCACGGUGUCCCGGACAACUUCACAGGAAGCCGCGCCAAGUAGCGCAAUAGCCACGACGUCGAACACCAGCCUCGAUCUGGCACCAUUACAGCCCAGCCCUUUCACAGUUUUGACUGGGCUGAUAGACAGGCCAGUACCUGGACAGGAUGCCAACUGGAUGCUAGAUCUUCAGCUCAUGCACCACUACUUGACUCACACCAAGUACAUCCUGACCGAACAUCAAGACAUGAUCAACAUUCUGCAAAUAUGGCAGGAAGAGGCACCCAAAGUGGCGUUCAAGCACGACUACUUGAUGCACGCAUUGCUGGGCUUCACUGCGCUACAUAAGGCGCAUCUGGAACCGGAGUCGGGACCCAUGUUGAGGACAAGCGCUGUUGACCACUUAGACAAAGCUCUUGUCCUUUACCGGGAAAACGCUGGCCCGACAACAGCGGAAAACGCAGAUGCAAAGUUCGCAUUUACCUGGCUUGUCGCCCUCUUCUCGUACGCUGUCCCUCCUAGCGUACCACCAAUUGAUGCGAUUGCGGAGCUAUUUUCGCUGGUCAAGGGCAUCGACACCAUGGUCGCCGAAACAUGGUUUUGGGUCUCGCAAGGUGCCUUCGCACCCAUACUUACACGUGGCUUCGACGUGGCGGCAACAUUACCGCCAGAAAGCUACACCCUACCAGAAGGUAUGGACUUUGGACUUGGGCAUCUGGAUUUCAUGCUCGGGGUGGACGCCAUGAUGCCGGACGAAAGGCGGACCUGCGCCCUCAUUCUCGCAGAGCUCAAGCAGAUUUACAAUGGCCUGCUACGUCAGCAGGGUCAAUUCAGCAUAGCUUCGGUCGUCUGCUUUCCGAAGCAGGAUUCCGCGCCUUUUUCGCAGCUGGUUAGGCGGCGUGUGCCUCAAGCACUGGUGAUAUUGGCCUACUACUGCGUGGUACUGGACGUGCUCGAUUCCAGGUGGUGGAUCCAUGGCUGGUCGUCCCGGGUGCUGCAGGAUAUCAUGAGCACGCUGGACGACCAGUGGCAGAGCUGGAUUGAGUGGCCCGUGCAGUCUGUGCUGUUCAAGGCAGCGCAGACCGAACCCUCUACCACCGACAGGCUAGGUCUGCUAAUAUGA